AUGGGGCCGGGGCCGGGGCUGGCGCUGGCGCUGGUGCUGGCUGUGGGGGCCCAGCCCCCGGAGCAGCGCCCCAGGGAGUCCCACAACCUCAACUGGAACAAGUUCUCAGGGUUCUGGUACAUUCUCGCCGUCGCCUCCGACGCCCGGGGCUUCCUGCCGGGCCGGGACGCGCGGCGACUGGGGGCGGCGCUGGUGCAGGUGCUCGGCGCCGGCCGGCUGCGGGUGGUGCUCGCCUUCCCCCGAGCCCGGCUGGGGCAGUCCUGGGGCCUGGGUCCGGGGUGGGGGACCCCCAAAGCCUUCCCUCUGCCCCCCGUGUGGUGGCGUCAGGCAGCCUGUGCUCUCCGUCCAGUGAAGGGCGUGGCCGGCUUCCGCGUGCUGACCACGGACUACAGCGCCGGUGUGGUGGACCUGCGCCUGGGCCGGACCGGCCGGGGCUCCAAGGCCCUGCUGCUCCUCAGCAGACAGAACGUGACCGCCUUCGCCAGCUGGAGGACGUUCGUGGAAUUCUGUGAGGUCCGGGAGCUCACGCGGGGCGCCACCGUCCUCCCGAAAGACGCCUCCUGCGCCCACAGCAUCCGGCCCUGA